AUGUCAGCCUCACCUCCUCCUCCUCCUGAUCCUCCUCCUCCUCCCCCCGAAGACGCCGACUCCUACUCUCACUCCCUCCCCCAACACGCCGCAAACCCCCUCCUCGCCUCCUUCACCUCCUUCCUCACCAUCGCCAUCCACUCGCUGCUCUACCACCGCCGCCUCUACCCGGAAACAUCCUUCCUCGCCGCCCGCGCCUACAACCUCCCCGUCCGCCAGUCCCGCCACCCGGGCCUCUGCGCCUGGAUCUCCGACGCCGUCGCCGCCGUCGCCGUCCAGCUGCGCGCGGGCGCCGUCCGCCGCAUCGUCCUCGCCGUGCACUCUCCCGCGCCGCAAGCAGCGGUUCGCGAGAGAUGGGUUUUCGACGUCCACCGCUUUCCGGCUUGGGGCGAGGCGGAAACAGAUGCGCCUACUUCACACCAACAGCAACAGCAGCAGGAGGAGGAUGACGAUGAGCCCAUGGAGGAAGACGUGGAGGACGUUGCCGACGAGCAGCUCAACUGGGCCGACAUUCACGAAGCAUUGAGAGCGGCCCUGCAAAGACUCGCAUACGCAGCUCAAGGCGCGCCCAAGCUCCCCCCAGGAUGCACAUUCACGCUUGCUCUAGAGCUACGAGACGAAGCCGAGGCCCCCAUAGGUUAUCCCCAGCCAUGGAUCCCUUCCGAGACCCCUCUGCAACCUCCUACUGCGGUGAAGCCGCACCAGGGCGGAUCGCUGCGAGGAGCUGCCACGAAGCCCGUUCGCUCUGUAAGAGCUGAUCCCCUCUUCUUUGAGUGUUGGCUCGAACAAGGUCCUCCAGAUGUCGAGGCUAAGACGUGA